AUGGAGGAAAUAGGUAUAGAUUUCAAACUCGAGGACCCCACUCUCCCAUCUCAAAUAUCGGAGAAACAAGCUCUACUCAACUCGUUGCCUACGAGCGACGAAGAGCUUUAUAGUACUUGGAAGAAGCUGGAGGGUCAUAGAGAGUUCCUGGAAUUGCAAGAGGAAUAUAUCAGAGAUGAAACUCAAAACUUACGAAGAGAAUUGCUCAGAGCGCAGGAGGAGGUGAAGAGGAUUCAAAGUGUUCCUUUAGUCAUUGGACAAUUCUUGGAACCUGUUGAUGAGAGGCGGGGUAUCGUCGGAUCGACUACUGGUUCAAACUACGUAGUUCGAAUUCUCUCUACUCUCGAUCGAGAAUUACUCAAACCAUCUUCUUCCGUCGCUUUACACCGACACUCCAACGCUUUAGUAGACAUCUUACCUCCCGAAGCGGACUCUUCCAUUGCGAUGUUAGGGGCGGAUGAGAAACCCGAUGUGAAAUAUAGUGACAUUGGUGGAUUGGAUAGUCAAAAGCAGGAAAUAAGAGAAGCAGUUGAAUUACCUUUAAUCCAAAUGGAUUUAUAUAGGAAAAUUGGUAUAGAUCCCCCUAGAGGUGUAUUACUCUAUGGUCCACCAGGUACUGGUAAGACGAUGUUGGUGAAGGCUGUUGCCAAUUCCACUUCUGCUUCGUUCAUCAGAGUGGUUGGUUCGGAGUUUGUACAGAAAUACCUGGGUGAAGGUCCCCGUAUGGUUCGAGAUGUCUUCCGACUCGCUCGGGAGAAUUCCCCAUGUAUCAUCUUCAUCGAUGAGGUGGAUGCCAUCGCAACGAAACGGUUCGACGCCCAGACUGGUUCAGAUAGAGAAGUACAGCGUAUCUUAUUGGAGCUGUUGAAUCAAAUGGAUGGUUUCGAUCAACAAACUACUGUUAAGGUUAUCAUGGCUACCAACCGAGCUGAUACGCUCGAUCCAGCUUUACUUCGUCCGGGUCGAUUAGAUAGGAAGAUCGAAAUGCCCUUACCAUCCAGAAGAGAACGAAGAUUGAUCUUCCAAACUGUCACUUCGAAGAUGAACCUUGGUCCGGAUGUAGAUUUGGAAGACUAUGUCUCUCGACCUGAUCAAUUGAGCUCAGCUCAGAUCGCAUCCAUCUGCCAAUCGGCGGGUCUUCAAGCUGUGAGGAAGAAUCGAUACGUCAUUUUACCGGUUGACUUUGAGGAAGCUUGGAAGGGAGUUGUCAAGAAGUCUGAUGAAACUCAUGAGUUCUUGUAUAUCUCAUCCCUUUGCAUGCAACAACAAUGA